AUGGCGCCUGGAAAUAGCUCAGCUGAUUUACCUCAGAAUGAUUCUGCACCACCUGUUCCUCAAACUAACAGUUCUGUGCAAGGUCAAGGUAUUGACUAUAAUCAUCCUCUGUUUCUUAAUCCUACUGAUGUUAGUGGUAUUAGUUUGAUUUCGUUUCAACUGCUUGGGAUCGGAAAUUAUAUGUUAUGGAGUAGAUCUAUUCGACUAGCAUUGUUAGGAAGGAAUAAGCUUGGGUUAAUUGAUGGAACUGUUAAGAAAGAGAUGUAUAGUGUAGAAUUGUGGGGACAUUGGGAAAGAGUGAAUGCAAUUGUGUUGUCAUGGUUACUCAACUCUGUAUCUAAAGAGUUAUUGAGUGGACUUGCUUUUGCCUCGAGUGCAUUUGAUGUUUGGACUGAUUUAAGAGAGAGGUUUGAUCGAGUAGAUGGUUCUAGAACCUAUAGCUUGCACAAAGACAUUGCCUCCAUGCAACAAGGUACUACAUCUGUCUCUGAGUAUUACACAAGGCUCAAAACUCUAUGGGAUGAGUUUGAGAUACUAGUACCAGCUCCUUGUUGUAACUGUGAGGUUUCAAAAGGAUUUGUAACUCAUAUGAACAGGCAGAAGGUUUAUCAGUUUCUGAUGGGACUAAAUGAAUCGUAUCAGCAAGCUAGAAGUCAAAUUCUCAUGCUAGAUCCAUUACCAACAAUCAAUCAUGUGUACUCUAUGAUAGUUGGGGAUGAAUGUCAAAAGGCUGUGGUGAAGUGUACUACUAGCUUGGGAAUGACUUCAAUUAGCUCAGAUCCAUCUGUUGCUAUGUACUCAAGAGCUGGUAGCAGUUCAGGUGUUAGUAAUAGCACAGGUGUGAAUCAGAAAUUUAAGAGGAAUUCAAUACUAAUAUGUGAUUUCUGCAAAUGCAAAGGUCACAGCAAAGAGUUUUGCUACAAAGUGGUAGGUUAUCCUCCUGACUUUAAGUCAAAAAGAAAGGUGCAAGGGGGAUCAAUUUCCCCACCUGGCAAUCACUCCAAUCAGUAUUCAUCAGCUCAGGCUAACUUUACAUAUGGUCUCAACACCAACAUUCCCCCACCAGGCUGGGGAACUCCACAACAACAUUCGUCUGAGGGAUCUAAUGUCAACCUCAAAAUCAGUAAAGCUGAAAAGGAGGUUCAACAAAUGCUGCAGGGAUGUACUUUUACAAAGGAUCAAUAUGAUCAUAUUUUGAAGAUGGUUCAACAGAAGUCAGAGUCACCUACUGUUUCUACUUGCAAUACUGCUAGUACUACAGGUAAGGACUCUUUUGUUGUUGAUCAUAGUCAAGUAUGGAUUAUUGAUACAGGUGCAACAAAUCAUAUGGUCUCUAGCUUAGAUAUGAUGGUGAAAGGUUCAGUGUCAAAGCUUCCAGAAUUGAAACCUGUGUAUCUUCCAAAUGGUACUACCACUCAAGUUUCUCAUGUUGGUUCAUGUGCCUUAUCAGCCAGAAGUAUCAUCACUAAUGCAUUACAUGUUCCAGCCUUCAAGUAUAAUCUAUUAUCAGUUAGUCAGAUCACAAAGGAGUUAGGGUGUUCUGUCACCUUCUUUCCUAAUUUUUGUGUUUUUCAGGAGCUUUACAGUGGGAAGGUGAAGGAAGUUGGUAAAGAAGAGGGUGGUUUAUACUUACUAAAGUUGCACUUAACUAAAACAAAUGCAAGUACAAGCAGUGAGAGGGAAGUUGCAUUUGCUGUCAACAAUACAAAACCAGUAGACAUGGAGUUAUGGCAUCAAAGACUAGGACAUGUAUCUUCUACAGUUCUUGCAAGACUGUUUGCUGUGAAUCAACAAAAUCUAUGUACUUUGUCUAAAUGCUCUGUCUAUCCUUAUGCCAAACAAACUAGACUAGCAUUUCCUAUAUGGGUAGUAUGCAUCAAAGAUCAUGUCCUUACUCCUCAGCAAAAUGGUGUUGCUGAAAGGAAACAUAGGCAUUUACUUGAGGUCACAAGAGCACUCAGGUUUCAGGCUAGUAUACCAGUGAGUUAUUGGGGUCAGUGUGUGUUAGCUGCUGCAUACCUCAUUAACAGGUUACCUAGUAGUGUGCUUGGUUAUGAGACACCUUAUGAAAGGCUGUAUGGUAGAAAACCAGUGUUGACUCAUCUCAAAACCAUUGGAUGCUUGUGCUAUGCUAAACAACUGACUGAGCAUGACAAGCUCCUACCAAGAUCCAGAUCUGCUGUUCUUAUGGGUUAUUCAGAAAUUCAGAAAGGCUAUAUACUGCUUGAUCUAAGUAACAGGUCCUUUUUUAUUAGUAGGGAUGUCCUGUUUAGAGAGGAUCAAUUUCCUUUUGCUCAGAUGUCUAGUCCAAUUGAGAAGGUGUUUCCAGACUCCAUGCAUGAUUCUGCAGUUUUGCCUCCUCGACUAGAUCACAUGCUGACUUCCUAUGUUCCUGCUUCUACUUGUCCUUCUGAUGCUCAACAGGAGGAGUCUGAGUUGCCUUUAUGUCAUGCCCUCCCUGUUCCUGAGGUAGAUACUGGUGUUAUAGCAUCAGAUUCUGAUGAUGCAACUUCUAGAAUGCCAUCUGUUAGAAGAUCUUCUAGGCCUAAACAAUCUCUAUUAUGGCUGAAGGAUUUUGUUUCCUGUACUCUCAAUAACCCUGUUCCCUAUUCUCUAUGCAACUAUAUGAGUUAUGAUCAUCUCUCAUCUCCUUAUCAAGCUUACAUUGCUGCAACUUCUAUAAUAAGGGAACCUGAUACCUACUCUGAGGCUGUUACAGAUAAAAGGUGGGUGGAUGCUAUGCAAUCUGAAAUUCAGGCCCUUGAAAGUAAUAACACUUGGGUGAUCACUGAUCUCCCACAAGGGAAGAGAGCUAUAGGCUGUCGAUGGAUCUAUAAAGUGAAGUAUAAAUCCACAGGAGAGGUGGAAAGAUUCAAAGCUAGGUUGGUUGCUAAGGGGUAUAGUCAGCAGGAAGGCAUAGACUACAAGGAAACUUUUUCUCCUGUUGUGAAGAUGGUUACUGUUAGAACCAUUGUUGCUCUUGCUGCUUCUAGACAAUGGCAUAUUCAUCAGAUGGAUGUCUUUAAUGCCUUCCUUCAUGGUGAGCUAGAUGAUGAGAUAUAUAUGCAGUUGCCACAGGGCUUUGUCAGUCAAAGGGAGAAGGUCUGUAGGCUAACCAAAUCCCUCUACGGUCUCAAACAGGCACCUAGACAGUGGAACCAUAAGUUAAUUGAAGCACUUCUCAAACUAAAGUUUCAGCAGAGUCAACAUGAUCAUUCACUGUUUAUUAACAAAGCAGAAGAGGGGAUCAUUAUAAUACUUGUGUAUGUGGAUGAUAUGUUGAUCACUGGUAGCAGUCUAAAACUAAUAGAAGAUACAAAAAGAGCAUUACAACAGGCUUUCAAGAUGAAGGAUCUAGGUGAAUUAAAGUAUUUCUUAGGAAUUGAAUUCACUAGAUCAACUGUUGGUAUAUUGAUGCACCAAAGAAAGUAUGCUCUUGAACUGAUAUCUGAAGUUGGCAUGACAGCAGCCAAACCUGCAGGUACACCUAUUGACAUCAAUGUUAAACUGACAUCGAAGUUGUAUGAUGAACAUGUAAAGAAGUAA